AUCUUCCCCCAACAGAGUUACCAGCUGAGGAAGGAAAAACCUUACUCGAGCUUGUGAUUGAGCAAUUUGAAGACUUACUAGUUAGAAUUUUGUUGCUGGCAGCUUGCAUAUCUUUUGUCCUGGCCUGGUUUGAAGAAGGCGAAGAAACAAUCACAGCGUUUGUAGAGCCUUUUGUAAUCUUACUUAUAUUAGUAGCCAACGCAAUUGUGGGAGUGUGGCAGGAAAGAAAUGCUGAAAAUGCUAUUGAAGCUCUGAAAGAAUAUGAACCAGAAAUGGGCAAAGUGUAUCGACAAGACCGAAAAAGUGUACAGAGGAUUAAAGCAAGAGACAUUGUCCCAGGUGAUAUUGUAGAAGUGGCAGUUGGAGACAAGGUACCUGCUGAUAUAAGAAUUACUUCUAUCAAAUCUACAACUCUAAGGGUAGACCAGUCGAUUCUCACAGGUGAAUCUGUGUCUGUUAUUAAGCACACUGACCCUGUGCCUGAUCCUCGUGCUGUAAACCAAGACAAGAAGAAUAUGCUUUUUUCUGGUACUAAUAUUGCUGCUGGUAAAGCUAUGGGAGUGGUUAUUGCAACAGGAGUGAACACUGAAAUUGGCAAAAUUCGUGAUGAGAUGGUGGCUACCGAACAAGAGCGAACCCCACUCCAGCAGAAACUGGAUGAGUUUGGAGAGCAGCUGUCUAAAGUCAUCUCACUUAUCUGCAUCGCUGUUUGGAUAAUAAACAUUGGUCACUUCAAUGAUCCAGUUCAUGGUGGCUCCUGGAUUCGAGGUGCUAUCUAUUACUUUAAAAUUGCUGUUGCUCUUGCUGUUGCUGCCAUUCCUGAGGGUCUGCCUGCUGUCAUUACCACCUGCUUGGCUCUUGGAACCCGGAGAAUGGCCAAGAAGAAUGCUAUUGUUAGAAGCCUUCCCUCUGUGGAAACCCUGGGUUGUACCUCAGUUAUUUGUUCUGACAAGACUGGUACUCUGACCACGAAUCAGAUGUCUGUCUGCAGGAUGUUUGUCCUGGACAGAGUAGAAGGAGAUAGCUGUUCUCUGAAUGAGUUUACUGUAACUGGUUCAACAUAUGCUCCCAUGGGAGAAGUGCAUAAAGAUGACAAACUUAUUAAAUGUAGCCAGUAUGAUGGCCUGGUGGAACUUGCAACGAUCUGUGCGCUCUGUAAUGACUCCUCUUUGGAUUACAAUGAAGCCAAGGGAGUGUAUGAAAAAGUUGGCGAAGCCACAGAAACGGCACUUACCUGUCUGGUUGAAAAGAUGAAUGUGUUUGACACAGACUUGAAAGGACUUUCUAGAAUUGAGCGUGCAAAUGCUUGCAACUCGGUCAUAAAACAACUUAUGAAGAAAGAAUUCACGCUGGAAUUCUCAAGAGACAGAAAGUCUAUGUCUGUCUAUUGUACACCAAACAAACCAAGCCGUACGUCCAUGAGUAAAAUGUUUGUUAAGGGUGCUCCUGAAGGUGUGAUUGACAGAUGUACGCACGUCCGUGUUGGAAAUGCUAAAAUACCGUUAACCUCAGGAAUUAAGCAGAAAAUAAUGUCUGUCAUUAGAGAGUGGGGAACAGGUAGAGACACAUUGCGUUGCUUGGCUCUGGCGACUCAUGACAAUCCGCCCAAAAAAGAAGAGAUGAAUCUUGAGGACUCCUCAAAUUUCAUUAACUAUGAGACCAACCUGACCUUUGUCGGCUGUGUGGGUAUGCUGGAUCCCCCAAGAAUUGAAGUAGCUUCAUCGAUAAAGCUGUGCAGACAAGCUGGAAUUAGAGUUAUUAUGAUUACUGGUGAUAAUAAAGGCACCGCAGUAGCUAUUUGCCGUCGCAUUGGUAUCUUUGUGGAAGAUGAAGACGUUUCUACAAAGGCCUUUACUGGUCGUGAAUUUGACGAGCUCUCCCUUGCUGCCCAACGAGAUGCUUGCCACCAUGCCCGCUGCUUUGCUCGGGUAGAGCCUUCCCACAAAUCUAAAAUUGUUGAGUUUCUACAGUCUUUUGAUGAGAUUACAGCUAUGACUGGUGAUGGUGUCAAUGAUGCCCCUGCACUGAAGAAAGCAGAAAUUGGAAUUGCUAUGGGUUCUGGUACUGCAGUGGCUAAAACUGCUUCUGAAAUGGUUUUAGCAGAUGACAAUUUCUCAACUAUUGUAGCUGCUGUGGAAGAAGGACGUGCGAUAUAUAACAACAUGAAACAGUUCAUCCGUUACUUGAUCUCCUCCAAUGUUGGAGAAGUUGUUUGUAUCUUCUUGACUGCUGCCCUGGGUUUUCCUGAAGCUCUAAUUCCUGUCCAGCUGCUAUGGGUGAACCUUGUGACAGAUGGUCUCCCGGCUACCGCCCUGGGCUUUAAUCCUCCUGAUCUUGAUAUCAUGAAUAAGCCACCACGCAACCCUAAGGAGCCACUGAUCAGUGGCUGGCUCUUCUUCCGUUACCUAGCUAUUGGGUGUUAUGUUGGUGCUGCCACAGUGGGUGCUGCUGCUUGGUGGUUUAUUGCUGCUGAUGGAGGUCCAAGAGUUUCCUUUUAUCAGCUGAGCCAUUUUCUGCAAUGCAAAGAGGACAAUCCAGACUUCUCGGGUAUCGACUGUGUGGUUUUUGAGUCUCCGUAUCCAAUGACAAUGGCUCUUUCUGUACUUGUCACCAUUGAGAUGUGCAAUGCUCUCAACAGCCUAUCAGAAAAUCAGUCCUUGAUGAGGAUGCCCCCAUGGGAAAAUAUCUGGCUGGUGGGCGCUAUUUGCUUGUCCAUGUCGCUCCACUUCCUUAUCCUUUAUGUGGAACCGCUGCCAAUUAUCUUCCAGAUCACCCCUUUGAAUUUGACGCAGUGGCUGAUGGUAUUGAAGAUCUCGCUGCCCGUCAUUCUGCUGGAUGAAACACUUAAAUAUGUGGCCCGUAACUACCUGGAACCUGCAAUACUGGAGUAAUCGCUUCCUAAACAAUUUUGCAGAAAUGUAAGGUUGUUUUGUUGCGUGCAUGUGUUUUUUAGCAACACAUCUACCAAAACUUCUGCAUGUAUCAUGUGUAAAGAUUCUUUGCUUUCCCUAAAACAAAACUCAUUGUGUUCUCUGUGGAAGAAAUGUGUGGUACCAUUAGGACUUCAUUAUACAGAUGUACAAACGUGCAAUAUAGCUUACCGAAUCGGAAAACUCUCUCUCCAGAGAAGUUUGGUUUCUGUGCUGCGCGGAGAAGAGUCGGUUUAUCCUUGAACAACAAUUGCGGAGCUGUCAGCCAAUUUUCCAUAUUUCUGUAUGUAAAAUGUCAGUUUAUACAAUGUACAAUAUCAAAAUAAUGCAUGCCUUCGGUUGUAGACAAAUCUUUCUCUGUAUUGUAUCAUCCAAACGUACUACUCUAUAACAGCUUAUGUACAAUGCUAUCCUAUUUAUAAAAAUUCAUUGAAAAAGGUUACAGAUGAAUGUUAAACCGUAAGCCUCCAAUUCAUAACUUCGGGUUUUUUUAUUAUCAUCUGUGCAAAUCGACCUCUUUUGCACUGUAACGUAACUUAUUUAAAUCUAAAGCAGUAAGACGAAUGUUGGUGCAAUACAAAAUCUCGUGAUGCAUUUAUCUACAAAACAGCAACCGACUUAGCCAGAUACCACAACUGCAUGUGUGACCUUUAGAAGCUGUAAAUAAGAUCAAUCGUCUAUUGACGUGCUGACAGUGAGACGCAUCACACCUAGUUUCAUUUGUAUCAGGUAAAUAAAUUUAUUCUACAAUACAUACCUUGCGUGUUAUUUUAUGCACUUUGUUUUCUGCAGGUACAUGCGUACAUACUUCAGCGCUCAUAUAUUAAUGCCAGGAUGACACUUAUUAGCACCAACACCUUUGCAAAUCUUUCCUCCUAGAACUAUGCAGAUGCCAGCUGCUCUUCCGGCAGUGUCGACCUCCUCGCUGGUGUGAUUUCCUCUGUCCAGGGGCUUGUGUGUGUGUUUAAGGGACACUGUCAAGUACUUUGAUCACUCAAGUUUUUUUAAAAUGCUCCAUUGUUUGUAAAAUCCCUCUGAGAAACUGAAAAUAAACGUUUCUUUCCCAACUA